AAUGAGUGGCGUGCGGUCCUUCCAGUAAGAUUCGGGCUCUAGUCUAAGGUUUCCGCCCUUCGCAGCGUUUCCAGAAACAACAUGGCAGCUUCUAUGAGCCGGAUUUUGCAGUAAGCCAGCGGCAGGACCCCUAUUUCUACAGUGUACUUAUUGUUGCGGCUUAGUAAGAGAUGAGUGCAGUUUUAGAGCAGCGGCGGUGGGGAAAGGUGCAGAUUCAGUGCUGCAGCCUGCUGACUGAAGGUGCCUUAGAGAGUAAUGGGAAGGAUUGACAGACAGAAUCAGAUUUUUAGUCAUGGGAAACGUAGAAAGUCAGAAUGGAGACCAUGCUUUUUAUGGAGAUAACCAGGGACACUUGUCCCGCAAGCAUAUGUCCCGAUCACUUCGGAUCUCAAAUAAACAAUCCCGGCGGUCCGGACAUGCUUCCUCAGGAAAAGUUGAACACAGAAACUCAGAAACGAGCACUCGAUCCAGCAGCACCCCCAGCAUCCCUCAGUCCUUGGCAGAAAACGGCCUUGAACUGUUUAAUGAAACUAACGUCCUAGAGGACUUUGGAAGCCCCAUUUGGGUAGACAGGGUGGCUAUGAAUUUAAGGCCAGUUUCAUUCCAUACAGAGUCAUUAGUUGACUCCAGCAUGGAUAAUAACACAGUACAAGCAGCAGCUUCUGUGCCAAGCAUGCAGGAGACCAAAGACAGUAGGCUGUUUCAAGGAGAGGUUACCUACUUGCAAAGAACAAGCAAUGGAUCAUGUGGAAACGAAAGUGUAAACUUCAAGAAAAAGAGAUCCAAAUCUGCAGAUAUGUGGCGGGAGGACAGCCUAGAGUUUUCCCUUUCUGAUCUUAGCCAAGAACACUUAACAAGCACAGAAGAAAUCAUUGACACGACAGAGGAGGACUGUCACAAGUGUGAAAGGUUAAAAGCUAACAGCAGUCCAAAAGGUAUGGAGACACUGGAUUCCAGCCAUCAAGCCAACUCACUUGAUGAACUGUAUGGCCAAAGCAGCCCAGUUGUAAUUAAUGGUGCUCCCAGGAACAGGUCUGUAAAAUACUGUCGGAAGUUGGUGUCUCACUCACGGGAGGUUGAAACCUCUGAAGAAACCAGUGAUGAUAAGAUGCUGUCUCCUUCUGAAGACGAUGCUGCCUCUUACGGUGCUUACACUCUUCCCUGCAGGAGAUCUCACUGUCUUUCAGAAGGAGCUCCCAGCCAGCAGGUGACCCAUUCAAACAGCAUGCAAGGGAGAAGAGCUAAAACCACACAGGAUGUUACAACAUGGGAAGGAAGUGAAUAUGCAGAUAGUGGGAUUGAUGGGGCAACAACUGAUUCGGAUCUCAAAACAAGACGCUCAAAAGUUAUGUCGGCCACAUACUCUCCAUCAACAUGUACUGGUAGCAGUGUUUUUAUUGGAAGUGACAGUGGUAGCAGUGUCGGAGAUGCCCUCCUUCAAGGGGUCUAUGAGAACUUUAGGCGCGAGUUGGAAAUGAGCUCCACCAACACAGAGAGCCUGGAAGAAGCUUUGUCUGCAGUGAGUGAUGAGCAGAGCAGUGGCACUAUGAGCUCGCCUGGGCAGUCCGAUAUCUUACUUACUGCAGCACAAGGGACGGUACGGAAGGCAGGGGCGCUUGCUGUGAAAAACUUCCUAGUGCACAAGAAGAACAAGAAGGUGGAAUUGGCUACUCGACGGAAGUGGAAACAUUAUUGGGUCUCUUUAAAAGGUUGUACAUUGUUCUUUUAUGAGGCAGAUGGUCGGUCGGGAAUAGACCAUAACAGCACCCCAAAGCAUGCAGUCUGGGUAGAAAACAGCAUUGUUCAAGCAGUGCCCGAGCAUCCAAAGAAAGACUUUGUUUUCUGCCUCAGUAAUUCACUUGGGGAUGCUUUCCUUUUCCAGACUUGUAGUCAGACUGAACUAGAGAACUGGAUAACCGCGAUUCACUCUGCCUGCGCAACCGCUGUAGCGAGACAGCAUCACAAAGAUGAUACGGUCAAGUUACUCAAGAUGGAGAUCAAAAAGCUGGAACAAAAAAUUGACAUGGAUGAGAAGAUGAAGAAGAUGGGGGAGAUGCAGCUGUCAUCUGUAAAAGACACCAAGAAAAGAAAAACCAUUCUAGAGCAGAUAUUUUUGUGGGAGCAAAACCUCGAACAGUUCCAGAUGGACCUUUUUCGCUUUCGCUGUUAUUUAUCAAGUCUUCAAGGAGGAGAAUUGCCAAACCCCAAAAGACUUCUUGCAUUUGCUAGUCGUCCGACCAAGCAUGCCAUGGGACGCCUUGGGAUUUUUUCAGUGUCCUCUUUUCACGCUCUGGUGGCAGCACGCACAGAGUCUGGGGUGAGGCGGAGGACACAGGUGAUGUCUCGGUCGGCCAGCAAACGCAAAAGCAGGUUCUCCUCUCUUUGGGGGCUAGACACUACCUCAAAGAAAAUGACGAAGGGAAGGCCCAGCAUAAACCAGGUUUUUGCUGAUGGUGAAGACACAGUGAAGAAAUCAUUAGAUGGAAUGUUUGAUGACCCUGUAGGAGUUGGCACCAAGGAGACUGAAGCAGCACUGAACACUGUCGAACAGCACAACCCAGACAGUGAUAUUUGGGUUCCUGAAUACCUCACCCCAUCCUGGGUUUGUCUCCCAAAUGACCAGCCAGUGCUGGCAAUAAUCCAGCCUGAAGAUUUACCACUGGACAUUCUUAAAAUGAUCUGCAAGAUUCACCAACUAGAUCCUGCCAAAUACUAUGUGCGCCUGAAGUUUUUAGUUGAAAACCAAGUACAAUUUUAUAUACCCAAGCCAGAAGAACAUAUUCAUGAUAUGUUCUACAAGGAGAUUGAAAUUUGUCCAAAAAUGACAAGUCUCAUUCAGUUUGACAAGAAUGAUUCAUCUGCUAUUGGUUAUGGUUUUUCAAUGUCGGUGUUGGAAGAGGAUGGGGUGCAGCAAAUAUACAUCACAGAUGUAAAGGAAGGUGGUCUAGCUUUUGCUAAAGGUCUAAAAGCAGGCGAUGAAAUUCUGCAGCUUAAUAGCAAAGAUGCUAGUCAUUGGAAUGUUUCAGACAUGAAAUCUGCCGUCUCUCAGCCCUCGCUUUCCUUGGCCAUAAGCACAGUCCCUGUGGAUAAGAAUAAGAAGUACUGCUCAAUGCCACCUCUUCGCUCAGAUGGAGAGGAACAACUGUAUAGUGACAUAUUUUCUCGAAGCCAAGAAAAUAUUCUAGAUGAUGUGGGAGGCAUUGGUCUUGAGAGCACUAUGGAUGAAAUCGAGGUGCAGUUAGAAGCUUCUCUUGAGACAGAUGAUUCAAGCAAGAGUACUGAGCAGGUUGCAGCUUUCUGUCGUAGUCUUCAUGACAUGAAUCCCUCAGAGAUCUCUUCCGAGGCUGCAGACUCCUCUGGACCUCAACCUGCAAUACUGCGGCAGCUGACCGAUGCCGAUAAACUGCGCAAAGUCAUCUGCGAGCUGGUGGAAACUGAAAGAACCUACGUUAAAGAUUUAAAAUGUCUUAUUGACAGGUAUUUAACACCUUUACAGAAAGAAACCUUUCUUACUCAAGACGAGCUUGAUGUGCUUUUUGGAAACCUGGCAGAAAUGUUGGAGUUCCAAAAUGAAUUUCUUCAAACACUUGAAGAUGGAACAAGGCUGGUGCCUGAUUUGGAAAAACUUGAAAAAGUUGAUCAGUUCAAGAAGGUGCUAUUCUCCCUGGGUGGCUCUUUUCUAUACUACGCAGACCGCUUCAAGAUCUACAGUGCAUUUUGUGCCAGCCAUACAAAAGUUCCAAAGGUGUUUGUAAAAGCUAAAACUGACCCUGCUUUCAAGGCCUUCCUUGAUGCUCAGAAUCCCAAACAGCAACACUCCUCCACUCUGGAAUCCUACCUGAUUAAACCUAUCCAGCGGGUGCUUAAGUACCCUUUGCUGCUAAGGGAGCUAUUUUCUUUAACAGAUCCUGAAAGUGAAGAACAUUAUCAUCUUGAUGUUGCAAUGAAAGCCAUGAACAAAGUAGCGAGCCACAUUAAUGAAAUGCAAAAAAUCCAUGAAGAGUAUGGUGCUGUAUUUGACCAACUGAUAGCAGAACAGAUUGGAGAGAAAAAAGAGGUUGCAGAUCUGUCGAUGGGGGACUUGCUUCUUCACACAACAGUUGUUUGGCUUAACCCCCCUGCCUCUUUUGGAAAGUGGAAGAAAGAUCCUGAGUUAGCAGCAUUUGUUUUUAAAACUGCUGUUGUAUUUGUUUACAAAGAUUGUUCAAAGCAGAAGAAAAAAAUGGGAGCAUCUCAUAGAGCGUCAAUCUCAGACGAGAGAGACCCAUUUCGAUUCCGCCACAUGAUUUCUACUGAUGCUCUUCAAGUUCGCGCACUUGCCAGUGCAGAUGCUGAGGGAGGUGCUGUGUGUGAAGUUGUACAUGUGAAAUCUGAGUCUGAAGGGAGACCAGAAAGAACAUUCCACCUCUGUUGCAGUUCUCCAGAGAGUAAGAAAGACUUUUUAAAGACCAUCCACUCUGUUCUUCGGGAUAAACAGCGAAGGCAGCUUCUCAAAACUGAAAGUUUACCACCUAAUCAGCAGUAUGUACCUUUUGGAGGGAAGCGGCUUUGUGCCCUGAAGGGAGCAAGACCUGUAAUGAACAGAGCAGUUUCUGCACCGUCUAGGACUCUUGGGAAGAGAAAGCUAGUGAGGAACAGGUUUACCAUUGAUACAGACAACGUGUUUGAGUGCAGUCCUGCUAGAGAGACUCAGCAGCAACACCAGCCUCAGCAAGCUGCCAUUAGCGCUGACACUGACCGCUGGGUGGAGGAGCAGUUUGAUCUGGAUCAAUACGAGGAUCAGGAGGAUGUCAAGGAGACUGACAUUCUGAGCGAUGAUGAUGAGUACUGUGAAUCAGUUAAAGGGCCUACUGUGGAGCAUGAUCUGCCGGCCCAGGUAAAAGCAGUCUCUCUCAUGGACAAUACAAAACCUGAGCGGGAGAAUAAUCAGAAGACUGGGGAUUCCCGUGCAAUGAAAAUGGCCCACCUUAAAAAACAAUCUGCCGUAUCUGGACUCAGUUGUGCCAUAGAAAACAAUGCCGAAGAGGUGAUCUGGGUGAGACGGGAAGAUUUUGUACCUGUUCGAAACAGUGACAUUUAAGGUUCUAAGUAAAUAAUACAUACUAUUCUUAUCAAGGCAAAAUUAUUAAUUUGCCAUACACCUGUGGUUGAGCGAAGUUUGCACAUAGAUUCAGGCAGCUAUAUCACUGAGCGCAUUUUUGCCAGAUUUAGUCUUGGAACUCUAGAUGGUGGAUAUUCUAAUAAAUAAAGGCUUUUGGAGUCGUAUUAUACGAAGGGCUUUAAGUUAUUUAUUCUGUUGAUCAGGGGUUCUAAUUAAAUAAUGAGGUGGAAAAUGUUUGCAGCUAUAUUGGCACAGUUACUGUACCUAUGUGCUGUACAACUGCUCUGCAGUAAAAGGUGAGUUAUAGCACAAUAAACAGUUUGUUUUAUUUAAUGUCAUUCAAGUCACUUGGGGAAUGCUUUCUUUACUAAACAUAUCUUGGUCUAUUUUAAACAAAGAAUGAGAUUAAAAUGUAUUUAAUUUUAUUAAGCUUCAUAUGAAACUAGAAUAGAAAUUGUGGCUGCCGAGAGGUUAAUUUGGGGUGCUGGGUGAGGUAAUCGCAGAUGAAAUCGUAAUAGUUAAAUAAUGAAAGGAUUGUGUUUAAAGUCCUGUCUCUGUAGACACACAAUGACAUUGUAUAAAACUAAUACGUUUUCUGAAUUCAUCCUGUGAUGUGUAUAUGUUGGUCACUAUAGCUGUCAGUUUUUUUCAGUUUUAUUUUAAGACUCCUUUUGUAAAUUUUAUUGCUGCUAUUGCUAGUAGUUUAAUAGUAUUUUUUUGCUUUCUGCAUUUUUAAACCCUUUUUUUUGCUUAAUCCUCUUAGCCCAUGUAUAGGAAGUAACAGUGUCCAAAAAGAGUAGAAUCUAGACAACUGUAUUUCCACGAGACAUUGUUCAUUGUUUAAUUCAAGUCUGCUGAUGCAUGCUGCCAUAGCUGUCUGUACAUAAUGUCAUUCUGCAACGCACAUGUCAGAAGGGUUCUUUAAUAUAUUUCUUUUUAUAAGCUGAAAGAAGGUCUAUUUUUAUGUUUUUAGGAAUAUGGUUCUGAAAAGUUGUAAAUGCUUGUCAAAACAUGUAAUAAAAAUGAGGGAAAGAA